AUGGCAGAUUCAAAAUUUCAAGAUGAAACACUUCAAGAAUGGGGAAGGAAACUUAACAAAAUUGUUAUAACAAGAGCCAUAGAGUACAUAUACCAGAAAAUCUUGGAAAGAAACGUAAUUGUUAUAGUAGGACCGACCGGUUCAGGUAAAUCAACAAUUGCUUAUUAUGCGGCAUUCCGAUUACAGAAAGAAAGCGGUUAUACAAUCAUUCCUGCCAGACAAUCAGUAGACAUAACAAACUACUAUGUUCAAGGAACAAAACAAGUUUUCAUCAUCGAUAAUUUUAUCGGACAGUAUACCGUUGAUGAAACAGAUGUAGGUAUAUGGGGGGAAAAUGAACCAGUGCUCAAGAUGAUUUUGAGCAAAAACGAUGACACAAAACUUAUUCUUACAAGCAGAACAUAUAUUUGGCAACCAGAACAGUAUUCAUGUUUAAGUUUGGAUGCGUGUAUGUGUGAUUUAUUAUCUGAUCCCAUUAGUCUAUUACUGACUGAAAGAAGGGGUAUAUGUCAGUCUUAUUUGAACCAGGAUGAAGUCAAAGCUUUGAAAGACGAAACAUUGUUGAUGAAAGGACAUAUAGAAAUUGUACAAAACUUAAUUAAAAACAAAUCUAUCAUUGACUUUGAAAACAAUGAGGGAUUGAAGCCAUUUGUUUAUGCUUGUGAAAACAAUGCUACAGCUGUUGCCAAGGUCUUGUUGCAUCAUUGUGGUAAGUGGAUAAACGUAAAUGAGAAAUAUAAGAAAAGGAACAAUGGAAGCGUUCUACACAUAGUAUGUGCAAAAGGAUUUGUAAAUCUUGUGCUUUUAUUGCUUCAAAAUAAUGCAAACAUAGAUAUACAAGAUGGUAGUGGGUGUACACCGUUACAUGUAGCGAAUUCAAGUGCUGUAGCGAAAGCUUUGCUAGAUGGUAAUGCAAACAUCAACCAAGUAGAUUUCUUUGGUAGAAGUCCUUUAUAUAUAGCCUGUAGUACAAAACAGGAAAGGGUUGCUAAACUUCUAAUUGAGAAAAAAGCUGAGAUCAACCAGAAAGCGAAAACUGAAUCGCGACCUCUUCAUGCUGCUUGUCAAUCUGAAAGUAUCGAAAUAGUAAAAAUUCUUGUAGAAAACGGUGCUACAAUAAACAGUGCAAAACCAGGCAUCUCACCAUUGCAUGAAGCAUGCAGAGUUGGCAAUGAGAGUAUAGUAAACUUCUUGAUUGAAUCAAAUGCAUCAAUUAACCACAAAACGAAAGAUGGUUUAACGCCUCUCCAUGAAGCAUGCAUCCAUGGGCAUAUUAACGUUACUAGAAUUCUUUUGAAAAGUAAAGCCAAUGUUAAUGAGGCAAAUAAAUAUGGCUCGACGGCACUUUCGUUUAGUAAUGUCAAUGGUUUUAGUACAGUAGUUGAUUUGUUACUACAACAUGGAGCAACUGUGAAUGUAUGUGAUGAAGAUAAGUUAAGCCCAUUGAUGUCUGCAUGUGAGGAGGAUUAA